GCAGAAAGGAGAUAUUAAAACCGCAGCCGAGAGCGCUUCAGAGAGACACUGAUAACCGCAGGCUGCGAUGGCGAGGAUCAAGGUGCACGAGCUGAGGAACAAGUCCAAGGCAGAUCUUUUGGGCCAGCUCAAGGAUCUCAAGGCGGAGCUCGCUCUUCUCCGAGUCGCCAAGGUCACUGGUGGAGCCCCCAACAAGCUCUCCAAAAUCAAGGUUGUGAGGCUUUCAAUUGCUCAGGUGUUGACAGUGAUUUCCCAGAAGCAGAAGGCGGCUCUUAGGGAAGUUUACAAGAACAAGAAGCUUCUUCCUCUUGAUUUGCGUCCGAAGAAGACCAGGGCCAUCAGGAGGCGUCUGACUAAGCACCAGGCAUCUUUAAAGACCGAGAGGGAGAAGAAAAGAGAGAUGUACUUCCCACUAAGGAAGUACGCAAUCAAGGCAUGAUGUCGGAUCCACGUAUGAAAAGCAUCAGAACUUUCACCUACUAUAUGAUAUUGCCAGGAUCUGAGUUUACAGUUUUUAGCCAUUUUCAUAAUUUUAACAGUGUAAACAGUAUCCCCAAUAUGACCUUACUAUUCGAGAAUUGUAAUGCUGAUUUUGAUUCCAUUUCUUGUUUAUUGAUCC